AUGAAAACUACAAAUGAAAGUGGACUUGUCGAAGAAGAUACUGUCUAUGAUGAGGUAUCACAGGAAAAAGUUUUGGCAGACGAAACAAUGGAUAUUGCAGGCACAGAACAACUUUCUCUUUCUGCACCUUAUUUUGACCUAGCAACUAAUGUUGUCAGCGAAGACUACCUUGGAUUUACACCAUUAGCAAGGUUAGAUGCAAAAUAUAUCUCCAACACAAUAAUAUCUACUUUAUCUACCUGGGGUUUAAAUCUAGAUAAAAUGAUAGGACAAGGCUAUGACGGGUGCAGUAUGAUGGCCGAGGUUAGAAAUGCCACUGGUACUAUCAAAGAAGGAAUUUCUUUUUUCUGGGGGAGCAAGAAAAGGAAAGUCCUAGUUGGGAACCUUCAAAAACUGUGUGAGACACGCUGGUCUGAGAAGCAUAAGUCUAUAAGGAAAUUUAAUGAUAAAUUUUUAGAAAUUGUUGAAGCAUUAGCAAUUUUACAUAAAGAAGGAGAUCGUGAAACUAGGCAGAAAGCCUGGCAACUUUACUACACACUUACGUCUCCAAAAUUUAUUGUUACAUUAAAAGUCAUAGCAAAAUAUUCAGCCAAACUAGAACUUGUCACCAAUAUCCUACAAUCAGUAAACAUUAACUUGUCAGAAGUUUCAGAACACAUUCAAGGAACUGUAAAAAUGUUAUUGGAUGACAGAGAAAAUGCGGAAGCCGAAUAUGAAAUGAUAAGGAAAAGUGCUGAAAGCAACUCCAGUGCACUUGGAAUAGAUGUCACUGGCAUUCGACAACCGCGAGUUGUUGCACGACAAAUGCAUCGUCCAAAUCAUCCAUCAGUUUCUGUCACUGAGUAUUACAGAAAAUCUCUCUUUAUUCCAUAUUUGGAUUCCCUAGUCCAGUCCUUGCAAGAACGGUUUUCAGAAGAAAACAAGACAUCUUUUGAGAUUUUCUGCUUGCACCCAAAGGUAAUGAAAUCCCAAAGUGACCUAGAUAUGAAAAGGAUAAUUGAAAAUAUGAAAAGGUUUUAUGGUGAUCUUUUAGAUAACUUCACUGAAGAUGCAUGGACAUGGAUCAGUAUGUGGAAACACGAUAAAGUAGCUGAAGGAGAUGUUGCUGAAUUAAGCCAUACUGAUCUACUGGACAAAGCCAAAUUUUUGUUCGUAAUAGCUUCAGCCUUGAAGAUAGCCCUUAGCUUACCGGCAACCACCUGCUCUGCGGAAAGAGCAUUCAGGUACUUAAUUACCACAGUAACAUUUUUCUGA